UUCAGUUAACGUCAUUACGUGUCGUAGGAAGAAGAGGGAAGACACGGGUGUAGGCAAAAUGAUCGGCGAUCUUCUCAUUUUUGGCACUCUGUUAGUGAACGCUGGAGCCGUGUUAAACUUCAAACUGAAAAAGAAAGAGUCGCAGUCACAUGGGUUUGGAGAUGAAACAGGCGGAUCUAGUACAGGUGAUAACAUCAGAGAGUUCCUACUGAGCCUGAGGUACUUCCGCAUAUUCAUAGCUCUGUGGAACAUCUUCAUAAUGUUCUGCAUGAUCUUGUUAUUUGGAUCAUAACACACUACUGACCUGAGAGACCUAAGACCAGUUUGAGCAUAAAGGACUAUCCUCAGCCCUUUUGAGGUGGGUGUUGGUGGGGUGGGUGUUGGUUUGUGGUGUUGGGUUAAACCUUUCCAAAAAGCACCAAGAACUGUGUCUCUUGAAGCAAGAUAUUUGUCAGUAAUUUCUUACGUUUUAUUUUCUGUCCCAGACAGUAAGACAGAGUCUUACAGGUCAAGUGUUUGGGACUCACACUGACCAUACUGUUUUUGUCAGUGUCAAACUGCCAUGUCAUCUCGAUUUGCAUGUCAGUUGAUGUGCUUGUGUUUGCAGGCAGAUAAGAAGUGUUUGUGAAUAUUUGCUGCACACUUUAUUACCUAUGGAUUAAUGCAGCAGUGCAGUCAUAUUAAUUGUUAUAAAGAGUUUAUUCCAUUAAUUUAAGCUUUCAGUAAAUCUAGAGUUUCUCAAUAUGUUAUUUCCUGUGAACUUAGUGAGGUUAGUAGUUAAAUGUGCAAAUGAUAUCAAGAUUCUUUUAUAAAAUGAGACAUUUUUAACAAGCGAUAAAGUUGGGUUAUUUUUGUUUUUUUUUUGUUUUUUUUAACAAAUUCUUUCACAGUCAUCCUAAAAUGCAUAUAUAUAGGCCAUAGCUUUAAAUGGAUGUUUUAAGUGCAUUUUAGUCAGUUCAGAUGAAUUUUGUAAAGUUUACAGAUGACUUCACAUUUUCUUUCUGGGGAAUUAAACAGUUACCUUUAUUAAAUGUGACUUGCAUUACCUCAGCUCAUGCUAUCAGGUCACUUAUCAAAAAAGAAUAAAGUAAAAAAAACUGAACAAAAAAUGUGUUAUUAGAGUUUUGAAAUUCAACAAAUGGCACUUUAAGGUAUUGAGCACCAUGGUAAGAUUAAGAUGAUUUGCCCAAUAUAUUUUCUUUCAGAGGGUUUUUUCCAGUUCUCUGCAGUAGUCCCACUGUCCCAUCACAUAGAUGAAGACAUCCCAGGAAGCCCAAUUUAAUGUUGUUUUCCAAAAAAGCAAAACAUUAAAAUAAGAAUUAGUGCUUCAUGAAAACAUUAAAACUUAAAGCAUGAAUUUAUUUACUUUUGAUUUUUUUUAAACAUAUUUGCUCCCUCAGAUCCUGUUUCUAGGUCAUACUAUGCAUUAACUGAUCGUUUUACAGCAUAUGUACAACAGUCUACAGUAAAAUGCUGGGCUGUAUGUUUGUUUAGAAGAAUGUUACAUUUAAAUAUUAAAUGACCCAUUUGUCAUUCUGGAUUUCAAAUGUUUCAAGAAUAUCUUACAAAGUUUGUAAGAAAAAAUUAGACUAAUAAAUGAAUUUAGCAUGAUUUUAGGCUCGCCACUAGGUAUUUCAGAGCAAAGGGAAUUUUCUACUAAAGCAUAUUUCUUUCCUGUUUUUCCUACACUUUACAAGAAGUAAACAAGUUAAAUCUCUAAACUAAAUAUGUUGUGUAACUGCAUUAUUUGUAGACCUCACUACUAUUUCUGUACAAGAGACAAGGGCACUUGGAAAACAAUGUCAAUAUGACAGACUCAAAAGGCCUUGUGGACUUGAAAUAAAUGUUUUGGAGAAGCAUGUACCCCCCCCCCCUUUUUUUUUAAAUAAACUGAAAAUUCAUGCUCAU